AUGGCACUAAAGAGCCCUAAGAACGGGAAUAGCACCGAGUGUCACUACUGGGGCUAUUCCUUCCACUGGACUGACCUCCACUCAUCUGCUGAUGACCUCCGGCCAAUGGCUUAUACCUGCGAUGUCCUUGCUGAUGAGUGUGUCGAGCUCUUGAAUAGGAUCCCGACAAAUGAUGACUCGGACAAGAAGACCUACAAGAAGGAUCUAUAUGGUCUAUUAAGGGACCAUGCGGAGGAAGAUCCUAAACUCCAAGAGUUGUGGACACAGAUCAAUACAGUCCCGGAGUGGGUGGACUGGGCUCAGAUCCAACGGGGUCAGGAUGUGUUCUUUCGAUACGGACUUCCGAUUCUGAAUGUUCUCAAUUUUGAAAGUUUACUCGGUGGAAUGGGAGCAGUCCGGGUUGUCGAAACCCUCGCGCGCACAGGCGGCUUCGGAGCGAAAGUAGUACGGCGGAGAUUACUUGAGACCCUCCAGCAUAUACUACAAGUCAACAGCUCAGCAGAAGGCAUAAAGCCAGGUGGCGAAGGCCAUAUCUCAUCUGUUCGAGUCCGACUACUCCACUCAUCUGUCCGGAUGAAGAUUCUCAGCCUGGUUGACCAGAAACCCGAAUACUACGAUGUCGACAAAUACGGUACACCAGUCAACGACUUGGACUGUAUCGGCACAAUCAACACAUUCUGCAGCGCAGUUGUUUGGCUCGGACUGCCGAGGCAGGGUAUUUACCUCAGCCAGCAGGAGAUCGAGGAUUACAUCGCACUGUGGAGGCUGGUUGCCUAUUAUAUGGGCACUCCGACACAUCCAUUUGAGGAUAUAGCCAAAGGUCGGGCUAUGAUGGAAUCUCUUCUCAUUACGGAAAUUGAUCCUACUGAGGUUGGAAAGAUUCUAGCAAAGAACAUUAUCAUUGGUCUAGAAAAUACAGCACCGGCUUAUGCGUCCAAGGAGUUCAUGGAAGCCAUGGCUCGACUGCUUAAUGGCGAUCAGCUUUCUGAUGAGCUGGAGAUUCCACGGCCUAACCUUUAUUAUCGGAUGUUGAUAUGGGGUUAUUGUUUCUGGGUCAUGGGUAUUUCAUACAUCAUCCCGAGAAUCUCUUUUCUGGACAAGAUUAUGAUUUCGCUCCGCCGAAAGUAUUUCUACAGGCUCAUUCUCGACGAGAAAAUGGGUCUUGGCGAGGAGUCACGCUUCGAGUUCAAAUAUGUUCCAACAUUAACUCGCACAACUCGACUUGGAGAGCGGAGGAGCACUAAGUUUGAGCGACCUGGUAUUGAGAGCUUGGCACGUCUGGGACUUCUAGCUGCCUUCACUGCAGUAGUCACUCUGGCCUUGGGAUUUGGGUUUGCAACGAGAAUGAUUCCUGCGCAACAGUUUUUCUUGGUGGUUUGA